CAAUCAGAUAGGAUGGGGUCGCCAACACGCCAUCGAACCACCUCCCGCUUUCAAGUGGAAUUAAACCUUGGACAACGACCUAUCCACGUAGAAUACGGUCUACACAAUCGCUGAUAAGAAAGCACAACUCCUUAUAAAUGCGCAAUGCAGUUUCAGCCCUAGAAAUUAUGUUUUACUUACAUUCUGUUUCCGACGAUUAUCAGUACACACAUUGCCAGUGGUGUCUUUGAAGGCUUUCCCCAUCAACUGUGGAGACUAGGCUACUGGCCACCCACAUCAUUGUGAUCACCUUCAUUACCUGCCAGUUUAGGAUGCAACGAUGUACUUGUCAUGCUGCUUCUCACUAAUGCCUCAGGUAGGAAGUGAACCGGAGGACGUCACAGAGGAGGGAUGCCUGUAGAGAGUGGAAGUAGUGCCGCCGCCCGUCACACCAAGCAGAAGCGCAAGUCCCACAGCCUGUCCAUUCGGCGCAGCAACAGCACUGACCAGGAGCAGCGCACAGUGACAGGCAUGCAGAGAGAGAUGCUGGACGGACAGGACUCCAAGUUGCCCCUAUCCUUGCGGAGCAAUCUACUAGACCUGUUUGGCCAGAUAGAGCGGGAGUUUGAGAAUCUCUACAUCGAAAACUUAGAAUUGCGCCGGGAAAUUGAUACACUCAACGAGCGCCUAGUAUCCGAAGGACAAACCAUAGACGGAGGAGAGCUGAGCAAAGGAGCUCUGAAAGCGAAAGCCAGUCACAGUACCAGCCAGCUGUCUCAGAAACUGAUGACCACUUACAAAGCCUCCACGAGCAAGAUAGUGUCGAGUUUCAAAGCCACCACGUCCAGAGCUGUGUGUCAGAUCCUGAGGGAGUAUGUGGGCCACCGGGACGGCAUCUGGGACCUGGCAGUCACACGGAACUCACCUGUGGUUCUUGGGACCGCAUCAGCAGACCACUCUGCUGCUCUGUGGAGUAUAGAGACAGGAAAAUGUCUGCUUAGAUAUGCUGGCCAUGCCGGAUCAGUCAACUCCAUCAAGUUUCACCCUACGGAACAGAUGGCCCUGACAGCGUCUGGGGACCAGACGGCUCACAUCUGGCGCUACAUGGUGCAACUGCCCGUCAUCCCGCCUCUAGCAGAUAUCAGCGCACUGUGUGACGACGAGCUGGACUUCUCAGACAGGGAGGAUGGUGACGGGGACGGGGAGGGUCCGUGCAGUGAGGUCCCCACCAUCCGCGUGGCCACCACCACCUUGAAGAGCCACCAAGGGGUGGUCAUCGCUGCAGACUGGCUGGUAGGGGGCAAGCAGGUGGUCACUGCUUCCUGGGACCGGGCUGCCAACCUAUAUGAGGUGGAGACCUCAGAGCUGGUCCACACACUGACAGGCCACGACCAGGAGCUGACCCACUGCUGUACCCAUCCAAGCCAGCGUCUGGUGGUCACCUCGUCCAGAGACACCACCUUCCGUCUGUGGGACUUCAGAGACCCCUCCAUCCACUCUGUUAACGUGUUUCAGGGACACACCGACACGGUGACAUCAGCUGUGUUCACAGUGGGGGACAACGUGGUGUCGGGGAGUGACGAUCGCACCGUCAAGGUGUGGGACUUGAAGAACAUGAGGUCACCCAUAGCAACCAUCCGCACGGACUCUGCUGUUAACAGGAUAAGUGUCUCAGCCAACCAAAGAAUCAUCGCUCUCCCACACGACAAUCGGCAAGUCAGGCUGUUUGACAUGACUGGAGUAAGACUGGCACGACUACCACGCAGCAACAGACAGGGUCAUCGACGCAUGGUGUGCUGCUCGGUGUGGAACGAGGAGAAUGCGUCAUGUAACCUGUUCACCUGUGGCUUCGACCGGCAAGCCAUCGGAUGGAACAUAAACAUCCCAGCUCUGCUGCAGGAGAAGUGAUGCAGGACAAGUGACACACACACUGCACAUACACGGGCGUGCAGACACACACACACUACACACAUGCCACUGUAUUUGAUGUACAUUAUCUCCAUCCACUUUGCAUGGACUGAGUGUUUUUGUGUGUUUUAAUGGAGAGGACAAAGUCAUAUUUUAAACCAAUCUAUAUACGUAAAAAUAUAUUUGGUUGACUCCAGAAAACACUACUUCUAUGGUCUUGUUUACUGCUGAUGAACAUGAAUGGGUGAAUAGCAAGCCCUAGUUGAUCUUGCAUGCACUCAAAAUCCCGUCAAUGUAUUUGUAAAACUGUCUGAAGAACGAUAGGAGAGGCAAUACAUUUGUACCACGCGUAUCAUAUGGUGGCCUGGUCUAACCCAGAUGGAUGAUCUUUACACUGAGUGGGUAAUCUUGGCUGUUUUCACCCUCUUUGGCCUGCAUGAUCAAGGGCUAGGAGUUUACUAUACUGUGUCAUCUAGAGGCCUACUACACAUUUGACCUACUGAGUUGUUUUGAGUCAGUCACAUUUUACACUGUCCAUUGUACAGAUUUCUUUUUAAAAACAUUUUUUUUGCCAUGCUGUUAGGAUACAUCUGCCUUGUUCUUUCUAUACUGUGUAGUACUCAAUAUGACUAGGUGGGUGUACUGUAGAUUUGACAAUAGGGAACCUGCAAUUAUGUUUUUUUGCAAGAAAAUGCAUUCAUGCAUGCAGCAGCAAUGGGGCUUGUUCAAUAUCAUAUUUCACAUUUCCUCCAUGUGUCACAAUGUGCUGAUAUGGUUACUGGUCACCUGUUUAGAUAAAUAUGCUUGACUGAUAUUAAUGUUUGCUGUACAUAGAUCUCAAUGAAAAUGAUAGAUGAUCAGCUUGAAGUGUGUAGUCCUCCUGGCCAGUACACUGUUUACUGUAUUGCAUAGGCUAAUCUAAUGUUGAAUAUGUGAUCAUAACAUCCUCCAAUAGCAAAGCCACAAAAGAGCUCAAUAAAAUUAUUUGGUUAAUUAUCACCAUGGUUACACAGGAAAUUGGCUGAGGCGCGUCAGGAUGAAGCAUAGUUCGGAUGAUUAGGGCCAGGAGUUUUUCCGACUCAUGUUACCUGACCACGAAGAAAUUAAACCGUAGUUAUAGGAUACACAGUGCCUUCAGAAAGUAUUCACACCCCUUGAUUUUUUCCACAUUUUGUUGUUAAAGUGGGAUAAAAAUUGAUUUAAUUGUCAUUUUCUGGCAACGAUCUACACAAAAUAGUCUGUCAAAGUGGAAGAAAAAUACUUUUUUUUAAUCUUUGGAAAAUAAACACUAAUAUAACUUGAUUAGAUAACAAUUCAACCCUCCGAGUCAAUACAUGUUAGAAUCAUUUUUGCCGGUGAUUUACAACUGUGAGUAUUUCUGGGUAAGUCUCUUAAGAGCUUUGCACACCUGGAUUGUACAAUAUUUGCCCAUUAUUCUUUUUUUAUUUUUUUUAUUCAAGCUCUGUCA